AUGGCGGCAUUCCUCCUAAGCUCGCUACCUAAAUCGAGGAGCAACGUUGUCGACAACAUCCAGACCAAACAGGAUGUUACCUACGAAGACGUUCGCCAACGACUACAGAACCUGGAUGAGGUAGCCCCUCAAACAGGAAACAAAGUGCUCCAUACCAGGAGUACCACAAGCGACAAGGAAUGCACCUGGUGCAAGAAAAGGGGACAGCCUUACAAAGGCCACGAGUACACGGAGUGCAGAAAGCUCAAAGAACAGAACAAGAACAGGAAGGGAAGGAGAAAAGACAACUCGGCAUCGGUUGUAGUAAAUGACUCUACAACCACUAUCUGUAUGGUACGCCACGACAUCUCCCAACCCCUUACUUGGAUCCUUGAUUCUGGAGCGACCUCUCAUGUCACACCCUUCCAAGACCAACUCAUUAACAUCCGACCUCACACCGGCAAUGUCCGAACAGCUGAUGGAACCAACCACGCUGUCACCGGAAUGGGAAGCGCUAGUUUCAGCUGCCACCUUCCCGAUGGAAGUAGAUCUUCCAUUCUCCUCACCGAUGUGCUGUUGGUCCCAACCUUAUGA